UGGACAGACAGUGAAGAAAGAGUUCAUGGAACUUAAUGCGGCACACAGAUGGGUCGCGGGUUUCAACGUUGCCGAGGGAAAAUCCGGACUGCGUGUGCUGUGUUCUACCAGGAGUCUUCCCAGACUACCGAUAAUGAGGGGCCGGAAGCUGGGAAGAGAGGCAAUUCUCACUGUACAGAGCUUGAAGAGAGCCAAAGGUGUCCGGGAGGAGAUGGAACAAGUGCUCAAGUCUCAGGUGUCCCGGCUUCUCAAGACUGACAUGCUCGAAGUUCUGCGGGAGCUACACAGGCAAAACGACUGUGUUCUAGCUUACGAGGUUUUCAAGCUCAUACGAAAGGAAAUGUGGUACAAGCCCGACUCGCAGCUCUACUCCAGCAUGAUGAGCUUGAUGGGAAUGAACGCUCGACUUCGCGACGUAGAGGUACUGUUUCAGGAGCUCCAGGGAGAAAUGCUGCCGGAUGGGCUGGUUUACACUGAGCUCAUGACGGCUUACUUGAGAUGCGAGAGACCAAACGAUGCGAUCGACACAUUCCAGGAGAUGAAGCAACUGGGGCUCACGGUGGAGCUCAAAACUUUCACCACUCUGGCCAAAUGGUUGGAGAAAAAAGGCCUUGGCGAGGAAGCUAGCGCUGUGAGAGCCGAAUGCGAGGAGAAGUAUCCAAGACGAAGAAGAAAGAAUGAAGAAGAACAAGGCAAAAAACCAAGCUCGCGUAAGCGUGGACAAAGCUAACGAGAAAUUUAAUCCCAGAGAUAUGCGUGGGUA